AUCAUUCAAAUCCGGCUUUCCAAUCGAACCGGACCGAACGCCGGUUCAGGUUAACCACGCAAUAUAAAUGGACAUUGAGGAGUGCUUUCACCGAUUACCUUCGAGACUCAGACUAGCGAUGAGUUCCGUCGCCGAAACCGACGCCGCCGAUCGGAGGCCACUCCGUCUCUUCUUCAUUCCUUACUUCGCCUCAGGCCACCUGAUCCCUUUGGUCGACAUUGCCCGCGUCCUUUCUUCCCGCGGAGUCGAUUCCACCAUCCUAGCCACCCCCUGCAACGCCGCCCUCGUCCGCGCCACCGUCGAUGCCGCAGCCGACGCUGGCCUCCGGAUCCAGCUACUCGAAUACCCCUUCCCGUCGGCGGAGUCCGGCCUCCCUCCGGGUGUAGAGAACAUCAGCGCACUUCCCCCCGCUGAGUGCCAUAAGAUCGACUCCGCCAUCGCCUUCACCCGCCCCACCCUCGAACACCUGCUCGGCCUCCACCACCCUGAUGCGGUUGUCGCCGACAGCCAUUUCCCGUGGACUAUAGAUAUCGCUCGCAAACUCGGCAUCCCGCGCAUCACGUUCGGCGCGGUGGGGACCCUGGCUUACUGCGUCUCGCAUUCUGUAUUGACGAACCAGCCGUUCAAGGACGUCAUCCGCGACGACGAGCGCGUUCCCAUCCCGGACCUCCCUCACCCGUUGUUACUAGCACGAUCUGAGCUCCCCGACUUCCUUGUCCAGGAUACUGUCUUCGGUAGCCUCAUGGAAGAAGCCCGCGAAGCCGACAAAGCAAGCCUCGGCAUUAUCAUCAACAGCUUUACCGAGUUUGAGGGGAUCUACCUCGAUUACUUCCAUCAGAUGUUGAGCAUCAAGAUCUGGUUCGUGGGCCCUGUCGCCCUGAUGGAUUCUGAAUCCGGCGGCCUCGGGGUCCGAGGCGACAACGUCGACCCUGUCGCCGUCGCGAACAGAGGACGUUGCCUCUCGUGGCUCAGCGAGCAAGAGCCGAGUUCGGUAGUGUACUCCUGCUUCGGUAGCUGGAGCCAGUUCACUGGCGCGCAACUCAGGGAGAUGGCGCUUGGGCUAGAGGCUUCCGGCCACCCGUUCUUGUGGGUGGUGCGCGAGGCGGACGGGGCCGAAUGGAUGCCGCAUGGGUUCGAGCAGCGGGUGAAGGGGCGCAGGCUUGUUCUUUGGGGGUGGGUCCCGCAGGUAGAGCUGCUUAGCCACACCGCCGUCGGCGCCUUCGUGACGCACUGCGGGUGGAACUCGAUUCUGGAGGGCGUCUCCUCCGGGUUGCCGAUGGUGACGUGGCCGAUCGGGACGGAGCAGUUUAUAAACGAAAAGCUGGUGGUGGAGCGAUUCCGUGUGGGCGUCAAAGCGUCAAAUAGCAUAAGGAGCGCGACGGAUCCAAAUCGGACGAUCGUGAGAGCAGCGGAGCUGGCAAGGGCGAUAGGGAGCAUCAUGGACGCCGUCCAUGGGUUGGCGGCCGAGGGAACGAGAAGGCGGGCGAGGGAGCUCGCGGAGAAGGCGAGAGCGGCGGUAGACAAGGGCGGUUCGUCCGACAAGGGUUUGAACAAUUUGAUAGAGGAUAUAUACGUCUGGCACGAAAACAAGAGGUCCGCUGCCGGAAAGGCUGUCGACAGCUCGAUUUAGCUACAGUGUGCUCUAGGUUGACUUGUGUCGGAAAGGCUGUCGACAGCUCGAUUUAGCUACAGUGUGAUCUAGGUUGACUUGUGUUGCUUUUUGUUGACUAUGUGUUCUGCUUUCUGAAUAAUUGCAUGGCAUCCCCUAGUAGUUUUAUGUAUUA